AUGGCUCGCGUUAGCUCCGGAUCGAGCAUCUGGGCGAUAGAGCAUCCCAACUGGGAUACAACUAAGGAAGCCUUCGAGGAUGACAAAACCCCAGUACCGAGACCGACCUCCCAGAUAAUAGACUGGCUUUUUUACAGCGAGACUACUCAGAUGAGAUACCUUGGGGGGCUACGUAUGUCAGAACUCAGGGCUCUGCAAGACAUUGAUGCAUAUGGACCAUCUUGCCGCGUUUCGGACGCGGCAGGUGCCAUUCAAGACGAAGGCGAUCCACGCGAGAAACUCUCCAAUUUUAUGGACGGCUUGACACUGUAUCCGUACGUAUCUUGGGCCGCCAGUGAGUUUGUCGAGGUGGACGAAACGAAGUGGUUCAAGAUCUUCCGAAGGGAGAGAUGGUCAAGCUACAAGCACCCCGACCCCAACGGGCUGUCGAUCGAUAUCGACGACGACGCCACCUGGGCGAAGCUAAGCAGAGUCAUCGAAAUUGCAAAUAGAAUUCUGAAAGAAGCAGGUACCAUCCUCCGCGUCAAGCCGGUCAGCCCUGAAUCCCGCCUCAGUCCAACAGAAGCUCGAAAGGUUCUGGACGACAUCGCCGACACUUUCUUUUGGGGAUUCUAUCUUCGAGAUGAAUGGCCUUCAGCUAUUGGAACGACAACGAGGCUCCUUGAUAAGAACGGGAGGCAGCUCAAGUGGAUGUGUGUUGGUAUCGAGUAUUUCCAGCCGAUAUUCCAAAAUAUCAUGUUCCAGGACCCUGAAGGCCGCCAGGCGACGUUUCUGGUGACCAAGACUGUGAGUUGGAUCUCCAUUCCAACCUUCCUCUGA